CAUUGUAGAUCGUCGUGCGUUGCGGACACUCUCAACGACUUUCGAGCAGUUCGACUCGUGGAUCGCGGAGUUUGCUCGUUCAUGCUGUUGUCCCAGGAUUGUUAGCAUUCAGCAGUUCGAUUGGCGGGGAUGUCGGUUGCAAUUUGAGAUUUAGGCCAAGGUGUGUGUUGCAGGAAGAAGAAUUGGAAGGGGAGUCGUAGCCAUGGUGCUGUGGGAGCUCACGCUGGCCACAGCUUACGUGUUAGGAUUGCCUCGAACUUACAUGCUUGCGUUGCGGUUGCAGCGACGCUUGAUCGCUCCCAAGCAUCCGAAGCUGCGCGACUUUGUUUACAGACGCACUAGGGCCGUAUUUUCAGUAGCUGUCAAUGUGCAUAAGGAAGUUCAAAGACGAGACAUAUCCGUGGGACGAAACAUCGGUAAUCGUAUCUUGAGAUUUCUUGAUCGUAUGCGUCCACAGGCUCAAAUUCGGGGCUCAGAGGCCAAGAUUGAAGGAUUUUCUGCUCCGAAGAAAAUAUUCCGAACCAACAGGGAAAAGUUGGAUGCAAACCAGGCAAAUCUAGCCGAUAAAACCGAUCUGCGAAAACCUGCUUUCAAAGCCUACUUGAGUGGGCAAUUUGGUGGUUCCCUCAGAAACCGGUUCAGUAAUAGGUUCGGCAGGUUUUCUCCCAAAACUAGGCCUUAUUCAAUGCCAAUGAUUGCCAUGGGGUUAUGGUGGCAGCCGGUUCGGCAGAAUAUGACGGCUUCUCUGUCAAGAGAGGCUCCAGCAUAUCAAAUGUGGAGAUCAGAUUUUGCAAGGUUGCCCAGAGUACCCCUGACUCUAAGCGGGUUUGCAAGAGGUGUGAUGCGGGAGGAUAUCGCUGCUUUGAUCCGGAGAGAACUGUAGGCAUGGAGGAUGAGGGCUUUGUCUAGGAUAUCACAUCCUCUUGUUUCAAGACUCGCUGCAUUUGCUGGCAGAAGUUUGGGCAGAUUGAAAAGGCUUACAGUCGAACCCCACAACACCACUCAGGUUCAAGAUGACUUGAGUUUGAGAAGCGAAUCUUGAGUUCGUGCUCAUAUGCCAUUUCUUGCAAGCAGGGAUUCUAGCCUCACAACGACAGAUUGAUAUGAGGACUGUGUGGUGUUGGUACAGUGUAUGGAGGAGUACUAGGUUUAUGAGACGCAAAAGUCGGUUGGGGAUAGAAGAGCAUGUAACCCAUGAAUUGCAUGCUGCGAUGGUGAAUUUUGGGAGAUUACGCUUAGUAACUGUCGUUGGAUGCAUAACUACAAUCUCCCUUUGGACUGCUGGAAGAAAACAGAUAUUGAUUAUACAGCACCAAUAUAGAUAGCAUACAUUUCCAUUUAAAUUCGCUCCAUCAGAAACAUGCGUUGAAUCGACACCGGAGGAACAUUUCAUUGAGAGUUGGCCGUAAACUUUUCUGCGCUUUUCUACAGUGGCUCUUGCUAGCUCAUUUUUUUUUUCUUUCAAUGAGAUGCGAAUGUUGAGCAGUAUCAUCCAUAGCAAAGUAAUGGUUUUUUCCGAA